AUGGAGUCAGAGAGCAAUCCUUCGACGAGUUCCCUCAUUGCGCUAUGCAUUCGAGACUUCCACACAUUGCUAGAUUAUAUCCCCGGCAAACAAAAUGAAAUUCGUCUCAAGGUCCAGGAUGAUAUGGGAAUGCUACGAGUGUGGGUUGGGAAUUUCGGUGCACAUCGCAAACAUACAGACAGAUUAUCUUUGGACCACCGGCUUCGAGAGGCCCCAGACUUACAUCGAGAGGUUCAAAACCAUAUCAGGGACAUUACGGACGCCAUCCAAGGAGCGAUCUCUUUCUUCUCGGGAAGUGAAGAGUCCUUCGGGGUUGACGAUGCGUCUGCUGGGUCCGAAAUGCAUGAACUGGACGCAGAUGAUUCGGAUUCGGACGGGUUUUGGGAUCAGAUCAAAGAAGAGAGUGGUGAACAUUCGAAGCUGAACGAAUAUAUGAUCGACAUUCAAUAUACGAUUACCAGCCUUUAUAAAUUCUCCCUGACUCUUCAGAACCCAGCACAUCGGGAUCGCACAGCUCAAGCAUCGCGCAUUGAACUUGGUCAUUUCGAAUUCUACGACAUUCAGCACGUGUCAGACAAAUACAACAUUCCAUGGGAUAGUACACUUGCUCAACGCCUGGGCAAAGCAAACACAAGACGCCGUCAACUUCUGGCAUACCACAAAGAUCAUACCGAAAAGAUUUCCAGAUAUGUCGAUGUGGCCGUGCAAAAGGCCAUUGAGGUUCCAAGGGCCUCAAUCAAGGACACGAGAACCCGAAGUAUCUCGACCAAAUGGACACAGGAUACCACCGCCUCGACAAUCUACCAUCAUGAUGACGACAGUAUAUCCGACUCGGGGCAAACAAAAUUCUCUGAAACGACCUCGACCGCCGGUGACCAGGCACAUAUCUUGAUACCGCCACCGCCGCCAGCAGACGUAGUGAACACAAUCCAGAACCAUCCAUUUUUCUGCCCGUACUGUCGCCAGACAAUUCAGCUGGAGAAUAUGGACGAAGACUGGAAAUAUCAUGUAUACAGCGAUUUGCGGCCCUAUAUCUGUACAUUCGGAGACUGCGUCAAAGCCAACCAACUCUACGACAGCUACACAGAAUGGAGUGAACAUGAACGGCAAUUCCAUCGGCGAGAGUGGGUUUGUAAUUUAUGCUCACUCACCUUCAAUUCGGAGGCUUUAUUCCGCAAUCAUCUUCGGGCCGCUCAUGCUGGAGUACUCCCUGAAGACCAACAGCAAGCGAUCAUGAACCUGUCCGAACGAUCUAUAUCUUCUGCGCAACAAUGUCCUCUGUGCACAAAGCCCCCCAUUUCAAACCCGAGUCGCUUUCAGCAGCAUUUAGCGCGACAUCUUCAGCAGCUGUCCCUUUUCAUUUUACCCCGUCGCGAGUCAGAAGAAAAUGAACACGCAGCCCGCGACGGAGAGUCAAAUGAGUCCCAGCAAGUUUUGGGGAUUGAAGAUGAAGCGAUAACAUCAUUGAAGUCUAUAUCAAUAAGUCAAAGAUCAGGCCACACUUUAAGUGAAGUCUCGGAAUCAGAUGACCAGCCUCAAGUUCCCGAGGCGGAGAACCACCUAGAAACGCAAGACCAAGUGGACAAGGAACUCCAAGAAAUCGAGAACAACAAGACCACCAUAGGGCCGGAGCAUCCAGUGACUGUGAAAAGCAUGAAGAAGCUCGCGUUAACUUACCGCAACCAGAACAAAUUCGCGGAGGCCGUGAAACUGUUAGAGCAAGUGGCGGUGAUCCAAAAUGCGAAGCUCGGCGAGGACCAUCCUUCUACACUGAACAAUAUGAGCAAAAUCGCGCUGCUAUAUAUAGAGCAGGGGAAUUUACUCGAGGCCCUGAAGCUUGAUAUAAAGGUUUUUGAAAGGAAGAAGCUGACGCUUGGUCUGAGAGAUUUAUCGACGUUGCGUGCGAUGGAGAACGUCUCUACUUCAUAUGCAAGGCUUGGUCGCUACGAAGAGAGAGAACUGAUUGCGCACCAGCUAGUGGACCUUGGCGAGGAAGUACUAUCGCCAACAAAUCGCUCGUUAUUAAAAUGGAAAAUGAGCCUUGUUUCAACGUAUCAAGGCCAGAGCAAGCUAGACUCCGCCGAAAAUCUGGGACGAGAGGUUGCCGCUACUUGCCAAGAAUCCUUUGGCACAAAUCACCCCUUAACGCUCGCCUCUAUGGCAAAGCUUGAAUCUAUAUAUCGAUCUCAAUGUCGAUGGGCAGAUGCUGAAGAGCUCGGAAACGAGCUAGUGAAAACCAGCGAGUUUGUGCACGGCAAGACACAUCGGGAAACUCUUGAGCUUAUGAGUAAACUGUGCUCCACAAUCAGAAAUCAAGGCCGUCUAGAUGAGGCUAAGGAUCUCGGAGAAAAGGUGAUAAGGGAUAUGGCGAAGGCUGGUAUGGACCGUGAAGAGUGCAUGCUAUUCGCCACAACCGAGCUUGCAAUGACGUAUCAUGAGCUACAAUUACUUCCCGAGGCUGAAGCUAUAGCAUGCCGUUCUUUACGUUUAAUGGAAGAGACCAUUGGGAAAGACCACAUAUAUACGAAGGCCGCCAUGCGCAGUCUCAGCUCCAUAUAUGAAUCGCAGAACAAGCUGGAUGCUGCGAAAGAGUUGAUGGAGAUGGCGCACGCGCGCCGAGAAUAA